AUAAGUGUGUGCGGCUCCUUUAAGAGUUAAGAAACUUGAGAUUUGUUUGCGCAACAGUCAGUGCAGCGGAGCCGCCAAAGUGUCUAGACCGUCACGUGAUUGGAGACAGCCAAUAGGACGCCGUCUGCCGGGCCUGAAUGUGUGUGAGAGCGUGAGCACAAAGAGCAGGACUCAGUGUGUGAGGACCGGGGGACUGACACAGCCUGACUGACUGACACACACAGCUCGCACCGGGACAGACUGACAGACACACACACAGGCUGAUAUUCCGGAGAAGGAGAGCACAGACACAGCGGGACCGAUAGCAGUACAGCAGGGGGUGCACGGAGUGUACAGACCGCAUCCUAAUCCGUGCACUGCGCUAUACACCGCGCUGCAGGCACUCACUGCGCUAUACACCGCGCUGCAGGCACUCACUGCGCUAUACACCGCGCUGCAGGCACUCACUGCGCUAUACACCGCGCUGCAGGCACUCACUGCGCUAUACACCGCGCUGCAGGCACUCACUGCGCUAUACACCGCGCUGUGCUCUGUCUCGGUGAAUGCCCGGGAUGCUCGGUCGAUCCAUGUGAUAGUUCCGGAGUGACUCUCUGCCCCACUGCUAACAUCCCCCGGGAGCUCCGAGAUGUGACCCGGCAACUCUGGCCGGACUGACAGCACUGCCGAUACUGGCACGGCAUAGCCCGGAUAGUACCCGCCUGGCACGGCAUAGCCCGGAUAGUACCCGCCUGGCACGGCAUAGCCCGGAUAGUACCCGCCUGGCACGGCAUAGCCCGGAUAGUGCCCGCUUGGCACGGCAUAGCCUGGAUAGUACCCGCCCGGCACGGCAUAGCCCGGAUAGUGCCCGCUUGGCACGGCAUAGCCUGGAUAGGACUGGAUACUACCCGCCUGGCACGGGAUAGGACUGGAUAGUGCCCGCCUGGCACGGGAUAGGACUGGAUAGUGCCCGCUUGGCACGGCAUAGCCCGGAUAAUACCUGCCUGGCACGGGAUAGGACUGGAUAGCCCGGUACCCGCCUGGCCCAGCAGUGGCCCCACACAGCGACCUGUCCUGGUGCCCUCCCCGGCUGUGCCCCCCUAGCACAGCCCCAUGCCGACCCCCACCGCUCGCCCCGGGCACUGACACUCCGCUGACCCGGGCCCAACCCCGGGGGCGCCGCAUGUUCCGGUCCAGACGCUCCGGGCUGGUUCGGCGGCUGUGGCGGAGCCGAGCGGGCGGGGAUGGGGGGGUGUCUUGCUGCGGGAUGUCCGAGCCGCCCGCUGUGUCCCCGGAGCUGCGCUCGGCUGCCUCGGCUGUGCUCAAACGCCUGAAAGAGCCGGCUCUGGGCGCCCUGCUGGAGGCCGUGGAGUCCCGGGGGGCAGCGGCCGGGGGCUGUGUGCUGGUGAGCCGCCUGGGACCCCCACCACAUCUAUUGCUCUGCAGACUGUUCAGGUGGCCCGAGUUACAGCACCCCGGACAACUGAAAGCCCUGAGCGGCUGUCAAGGAGCCGGAGGAGCGGACAGCAACACUGUGUGCUGCAACCCAUACCACUACAGCCGGGUGUGUGGCCCCGGUAAGUACCCGCACUAACCAUCACUUUUCAUUUGGUACCCAGAGUAACCCCCCACCACCCAUGCUUCCUAUGAGACAGCCAUAGUCUACUUCCCACGGGUUAACGUGAGACACCCCAAUGCAAACUCUACUCGGUUGACUUGGGGCACCCCAACAACGCCCCCACCCCCCACAGUCACCCAGUCGGUUGACUUUAGAGGUGAUGAACAUGUGGGUCCUUCUUUCUUUAUGAGGGGGGGUGAGAGUGGGUUAUCAGAUCUGGGACAUGUCUCCACCUUAGAUUAUCGAUGAAGAGCAAAUCUGUGGCUAAAUUGUUUAAAUGAAAGUCACUGUGGCCUGAUUCUAGAAUGUUUAGUCUUUAAGAUUAGGCUUCUAUUUUAUGUAGUAUCUCCCUGUUCUAUUUUGAUAACCCAGUCAUCCCCUUAUUGACAAAUUUACAAUGACCUGCUAGGGAGCAUGGCUGCGGUAAUGUCACAGGUCUCCUAAAGGGAGGGAGUGCUCUUUCAGUCACUGAAUUGAGGUGGCUCAUUUUUAUGGAUUAAAAACUAGUUUGUGAUAGUUUGUGAAGUUUUGAAAUGCCUUUUUGUGUAAAGUUUAGUGCAUUGUCCAUGAAUGUAUCAGUGACACAACUUUUUUUUUUUUUUCUUCUCUUUUGUGAUAAAUGCAUGACUUUUUUUAAAUCACCACAGCAAACCUAACAAACGGUAAAAAAAAACUAAAAAAAAAACUGAAAUAUCGCAUUGACAUAACUAUUCAGACUUUUAAUGCACUAGUAAGAUGAAAUACCUUUUAGCAGCAAUUACAGCCACUAGUCUGUUUUGGAAUGAUGUGACAAGUAUUGCACACCUGGAUUUGUGUAGUUUUGGUCAUUCAGGUUGGAUGAGUCUGUUGGUGGACAGCAAAUUUCAGGUCUUUCAGAGAUGUUCGUAUGGUUGUAGUCUGGGCUCUGGCUUCGUCAUUCAGGGACUUUCACAGUAUUGUCACUUAAGUCUUUUUUUUUUUUUUUUUGCUGUACUUAGGGACAUUUUGUCCUUUUUGGAAGGAGAACCUUCGGCCCAAGUCUGAGGUCCUGAGUGCUCUUACCAGAUUUUUGUUAAAGCGGCACUGUCAUGCCCAAAUUGUUUUUCCCCAAUCGCUUCCUCUUCUCUCAGGAUCUGUUCAUUUCUUCCUACCUGCUUUAGUUGUGUAUAUUUUUUUAUUUUUUUUUAAAAACAUAAGACAAAGUAGGGGCUAUUUUAUCUUGUGUAUUUUUCCUAUGCUUGCCCAGCUUUGAUCCAGGGGAGGAGCAAAGUCUGCUCCAUUUCCUGUGGUCAAAGCAAUUUUCCCACAAUUCUCACCUUUCUCCUGCUGCAUUCGAAUGCGGGUGCAACUACCGAAUUUCGUCCUAACAGAAUGAGAACAGUUUGUUUAUUCGUAUUGUGACGAAAUUCCGAUCUGAACAAAAAUCCUGAAUUUCAUUAGAAUGAAUGAAACUCUGAUCCUAUUCGUGCCGCGAGUAGAUAGCUCCCUAAUUCCCACGGUAUUAGGAAGCUAUCUACUAAAAGGAUGAAAUACCUUAAUUGGUCUUUCAACAAAAAUUACUAAUACUAAGUAAAGAUUACUUAGUAUAAAUCUGCCCCUACUUGCUAUACUGCAAGUAGGGGCAUGUAUACUAAACAGUGAGCAGCCACUGGCCCCCCCCAUUUAGUUUAGUUCCCCCACACUUGGUGCACGAAACUGUUAAAGGACCACUCUAGGCACCCAGACCACAUCAGCUUAAUGAAGUGGUCUGGGUGCCAGGUCCUUCUAGGUUUAACCCAUUUUUUUAUAAACAUAGCAGUUUCAGAGAAACUGCUAUGUUUAUGAAUGGGUUAAGCCUUCCCCCUAAUCCUCUAGUAGCUGUCUCAUUGACAGCCACUAGAGGUGCUUGCGUGCUUCUCACUGUGAUUUUCACAGUGAGAGCACGCAAGCGUCCAUAGGAAAGCAUUGUAAAUGCUUUCCUAUGCGACAGGCUGAAUGCGCGCGCAGCUCUUGCCGCGCGUGCGCAUUCAGCCCAGGAGGAGGAUCGGAGGAGGAGAGGAGGCAGAGAGCUCCCCGCCCAGCGCUGGAAAAAGGUAAGUUUUUAACCCUUUCCAGAGCCGGGCGGGAGGGGGUCCCUGAGGGUGGGGGCACCCUCAGGGCACUAUAGUGCCAGGAAAACUAGUGUUUUCCUGGCACUAUAGUGGUCCUUUAAUUAUUUUUAUAAGCACUUUAUUAAUGUAGUGGGGGUCUGUUUAGUAGACAUGCCCCUACUAACGGAAUAGCGAGUAGGGGCAGGUUUAUUUCUAAGUACUCUUUAAUUAGUAAAUUUGGCUGAAAGACCAAUUUAUGUCUUUUGGUAGAUAGCUCCCUAAUACUGUCGGAAUUGGGGAGCUAUCUACUCGCGGCACAAAAAUAAUCGGUAUUUUAUUAUUUCGAAUGAAAUUCCGAUCCGAACAAAAAUCCUGCAUUUCGUCCUAACACGAAUGGACAAACUGUUCUCAUUCGGUUAGGAUGAAAUUCGGUAGUUGUGCCCGGCGUUCGAAUGCCGAAUGAAGCAGCAGGAGGAAGGUGAAAAUUGUGGAAAAUUUGCUUUGACCACAGGAAAUAGAGCGGACUUUGCUCCUCUCCUGGGUCAAAGCUGGGCAAGCGAAGGAAAAAUACGUAAGACAAAAAAGUCCCUACUUUGUCUUAUGUUUUAAAGAAAACUAGAGCAGAUAUGAAGCACAGAUCCUGAGAGGAAGUGAUCUGGGAAAGGUAAGUUCAGCAUGACAGUGCCACUUUAAGGCUUUCUCAGUAUUUUUGCCGCUUUCACUUAGCACUGAUCACGCUCCUAGUCCCUUCCAAAAAGCACCCCUAAUGCAUAAUGCUGCCACCACCAUGCUUCACUGUUGGGAUAAUAUUGUGCAGUUGGUGAGUGGUGCCAUGACUCUUUGAAUUGAGGACAAACCGUUCAAUCUUCAGUGAAGAUAUAUAUAUAUAUAUAUAUAUAUAUAUUUUUUUUUUUUUUUUUUUUUUCGUGUGUUUUGCAGUUAGGAAAUGUCCUGUUUUUUCCAAACCUCUUCAGUUGAAGAAUUAUAGAGGCCAUUGUGCUCGUGGGAACCAUUAAUGAGGCCACAUUUGUUUUUGUGAAGCCGUCCGGCAUUGCAGCAGAUAUGAUGUGAGAGAAAGCGGCACUGUCACAGUCUGUGGACUUUUGCAGAAUUUUGUAAUGGGCAGGUAAAGGGGAGUCCUUCUUACCUGAACUUGUCCCUUGCGGGCACUGACCUCUUAUCCCAGUGGGUCCUCUUCAGCGUUCCAGGCGCAAUAUGUGCAAGAGUACAGCAUUGAGGUCUAUGGAGGAUCCUGCAAUACUGUGGAAUCCUCGAUAGAUAGAUGGUGGUAGGUGUCUAGAAGUGUCAUACAUAGGAAAUAGACAGCCGUCCCUACUUUGUUUUAGUAAAUCUCUUGACUGGGUUGGAAUUUCAGUGAAGUUCCACUAUAACUUACUUUGGCAUGAUAAGGGAUAGGAUUAGGAAAACCUCUCUAUCUACUCUGACAGCAGUGAGCAUCAGGUGCAGAACUGGGAAAAUCAUUUAAUUUCUCCCGAUUUGACAUGGAAACAAAUAUUUGGAUAGCCGGUCCCAUUUUAGGGUUUUGAUGACCUUGAUUUGUAUAGUUGGUGUAUGUUGUUUUAUAAAGAGGAUAACAAACCUCCUCAUAAAUUAAAUUUACACUAUGGAGUUAGGAAUACAAACAUGCAUUCCUAAUGCUAUUGCAACUCUGUUCCUCUAUCUAUACAGAUCCCCCUCCAUAAGUUUACAUUAAAAAAUUUCUUCUGUGUGCUUAUCUUUCCGCCUCCCACAACAUCGUGGAAAAAAAACAUGUUCUCCAUGAUAAUCUGAUCAAAAGCUUCUAGAAGAUGAGUAGUCGGGCCUAAUGCGCAUGUGCGACGAGCUUGGCAUUGCAUGCUCAUUCAAGCUUCCCUUAGGAAAGCAUUGAAUCAGUGUUUUCCCAUAUGGGCUGUAGCGUCAACAGACCAAGACUUACACUAUGCAGAUGAGAAUGAAAGAGAAGAUAUUGAAAGUGUUCUAUAAAUAUAAUCAAUCACACACUUCUUUUUAUUUAUAUAAAUACAACCUUCCUGAGCUGAGAUGCUCUCACAGGGUGCAAAGUCUGACAGAGGCUGGCAGUAUUUCCAUUAAUUGUAAUCUAAAAUAGAAGGCUGGUGCUAUGGGAACAAACAGGAAUGUGGCCAGUAAACCAAAAAUGUGGCAGUGCUCUUUGUAGUUAUCUGUGUAUUAGACCCUUUAGAGUGUACAUAUUGCCUCAUUUUAGAGUUUCCACCUGGUUGCUGUCUUACAGGUACAUCCAAUAUUUGAGGCUUUCUGGCCAGUGCCAGUAUUUGAAAAGUACAGGCAAUGUAAAGGCCGGUGUUCUAUCAAAUUCCCCUACCUCGUGAAAAUCCCCUACCCUCCUCACAUCUGGUGAGGGAAAUCAGCUGGAUCCUGUGCUGCAUAUGCGUGCUAGCACUCCUGCUACUCCUCCACAGCAAGGUCCUGGAAGGUAAGUAAAACUAGUUUUACACUUUCAUUAUAGCUAGUGCAUACACUAAGCUUAGGCACACGGGACAUUUAGGGGUAAGGGUUAAAAUAAAAGUGUGAAAAAGCACAAUUUAGUGAUAUUCCCCUAAUGUGAAAUAUCACUAAAUAUGAACAAGUCCCUAACCCUAAUUUGAACCCUAACAUUAACCCUAAAUGUCCCAUGUCCUAAGCUUAGUGAAUGCACUAACUAUAAUGAUAGUAUGUUUUCCCUUUAAGAUGCAUUGUAGUGAUAGUAAACGUUAGUUGCUAUCUCUGGUUUUGUGUCAAACCAUUUAUGCGGUUUGGCAAACGGGAGGGUGGAGGGGGGGGGGGCGAAGUACCCAUGAUCUUUUUCCACACUAUAGAGAUUUUACACUGCCAGGUUGGCAAUAUUUAACACCAUACAACAACAAUAUUGGUUAUGAUGCUUUGGCUGCCUUGCUAAUUUUAGACUUGUCUACCGUACAUAGCAGUAAGCCAUGAGACAUGCAAGGUUGGUAUAGAUUUGACUAGAUAUGAAACUUCAUGUAGUAAUUGAUGUGCUAAAAAAGCACCAUAUUUCAAAGGUGUUACAUUAUAAUCACUUUCUUUUAUAUCACAAUAUCAAAUUGUAGCUUGUUUGUGCAGGGUCUUCACCACGUUCUUUUGUGUGUUCAAAUUAUCUUGUUGCAACUACAUGCUGUACAGCAUGAUAUGGUGGCUUUGUGGGCUUUCUCUCUCGCGCUCCCCCUCCCCUCCCUCAGCCACUUACCUUAAUCCAGCGCCGGGCUCCCUAGGCGCUGGUGACCUCUCCUCCCCCACCGACGUCGGCUCCCAAGUGGAGACGAAUGCACAUGCGCAUUCAAACACGCCCAUAGGAAAGCCUUACUCAAUUCUUUCCUAUGGGGAUCUUAUUUGACGCUGGACUCCAUGAGGACGUCCAGCCUCAAAUAAGUGCGAAUUACUGUAAAUCGUGGAAGCGGCCUUUACAGGCUGUCAAGGAGACUGCCACUAGAGGUUGUAUUAACCCUGCAGGGGAAACAUUUCCCUGAAAUUGCUGUGUUUUCAGCUGCAGGGUUAAAACUAGUGGGACCUGGCACCCAGACCACUUCAUUGAGCUGAAGUGGUCUUUUAAGCGCUGGCCUAGUUUCUUUCCUCCUCAUUUGUAGUGUGUGCCCUGGCUGUGUUUGGAAUUAAAUGGAUUGUGGGGUUGCUUGCUAAAAAUGUUUACUGUAAAACUAAAUGAAAACAAGCAUCAUAUGAAAAAAGGUUAAUAGUUACAGGGGGUUAAUGUUAAUAGUUUCCAAUGAAAUGACAGUUCAACUCUAAACAAGCACUCCAAACCCUUAUAGCUGCUUCAAUGGAGAGAAGUCAUUAUGGAGUCUGGAUGCCAUUUUACCUUUAUGGGGUAUGGUGUAAUCCCAAAGUUCAUUUAACAGUGCCUGUUUUCUCAGCCCCUUUCUCCAAUGAGAAAGCUUUGAUCUUUGGCCGUGGUGAUCAGUUAAAGAGCAUUAGCUGACUCUCUAUCACUGGCUACUACUUACAAUUGGGAAAUAGUGUUCUUUCCAUCAAAAUACACUGUAAAACAACAUAAACAAUUGCAUUGAGCCAUAAACUACCAAUAUUCAUAAAGCAUUUUUGUUUAUGCUGUAUAUGUGAAGUAUAAAUGUCCGUGAUAAGAUUCAUAAAUAUUUUUAUACUUUUUGUUUUCAUCCUGUAAUUCUCCGUAUCUGCUAAACCACCACUUUGCUGGGUGUUAAGCAGUUAACAUUGGAAACUGCACAGGAAAAAACUAUUGAAUUUCAGUUGCUGUCAUUGUAAAUAGAGAGAGAACCCCUCCCUUGCGCAUCAUUUUUCUUAAGUUUUUUUUUGUUUUUUUUUUGUUUUGUUUUUUCCUUCUUUAUUGAAUUUCUCUGGGAAAACUGGGUAGCCGCAAUUACUUUAACAAACUCCAGCCAUGAAGAUCUCUUGCCAUAAUUUCUCACUAUACCUUGAAGUUAGAUGCAUCUUUCAGUAUCUCCAUCCCUUUGUGAGGCAGAGACCUUUACUGUAAUGUGUUCUCUACUGGACAGUAUGGAGUAGGCAUCCCCCCAAUUUGCAGUAUAACCUGCAAAUAAGAGCUUUACUUACCUGGAAUCCAGUGCCGGGUGGAGCUCCUGAUGCUGUCUUCCAUGCCAUAUGUGACGUCACAUGGACAUCGAGCGGUCCAAUCACAAGCUUCUUUUAAAGAAGCCUGUAAUUGGAACAAUUUUCCAGCUCAGUGUGCAUGUGCAUGCUCCGCGUGGGGGAAAUGGAUGCUCUGCCUGCAAGGGAAGAGAUCUGUGUUUCAAGCUCAAAACACUGUACAUACAUACUCCUACCACAAUGACCACUUCAAAUCACUAAAGUGGUCAUGAUGGUUGGAGUAACCCUCUAAGUGUCAGAAAAAAAUGUGAUUUAAAAUCUUUACACCACAGUUGGACUUUAAAAUAUUUGAAAAUCUGUUGUCCCAGGUAAAGGCCAUGUGAGAUACUGCGCUGCCAUGGUUGUCCUCGGGUUUAUGGGUUGCUGGUGUGCCAAAGCAUGCACCACUCUGUCCUGUGUUAAGUGAGACACCAUUGUCCGACAUCAAACUGAAUACAUUGUGUAAAGUAAAUGCAUUUAAAAAAAAAAAAGAGGCGAAAUCUAUUCUACAAUAAGAAAAGGUUAGACAAUGAGACUGGCUGUGUCUGCCUUUUCAGUGGGAGUCUGAUUAAACCAUGCCAUGUUCUAUGUAUUUUAACAUUUGCAGUCUCCCUGCUAUCUGAUACCUACUGGUUAUCUCGCACUCAUCUCAUUCCAUUGUUUCUGGAGGAGAUGUUCCCAGGCAUCUUUAAUUGUCUAAAACAAUCUUGAUUAAUUGUUAAUGAGGAAAGUUUCAUUAUGUAAUAUACUCAAUAUAUUCAUUACUUUUAUCUGUAUUCUAUGCAAGCACCCAUUUUAUCUUCUAACCAUACCAAUUCAUACUAGUAAUGGUGACGGUGCCUCCUUGUUGGCCCAAUAAGCAAAGAGGGGUGAGCUUCUGGGGGCUCUUGUUUAGCAUUAAAGGAACACUGUUUCUUUACACUGUACAAAUAUGUGUUCCUAACACUAAAGGGUCCCUCAGAUUUCACAAAGGGAGGAUUUCCUGAAAACUUUUCAUUCCUAAAUUCUUCUAGUCCAAUAAAAUAUUAGCUACUUCAGCAAUCUUUUACUAUAUCUACAGCAAUAAACACACAUAUUUGUGCGUGCAUGCAAGUAUCCUAAAUGUAAGAUUGUGUGUAGAUUUGUUUCUUUACCCCUUCCAAACAUUUUUGCUAAUGUUUGCCAUGACAGUCUAUUACAAAGCAUGUAAUUAAUCAGUUUAGGGACAUAAACAUUUCAAUCACUGCUGUGGCCUAGUAUUAAUGAAAAUCUAUGUGAUCAAUGUAUCCCUAAUUUUAGCUAUGUAAUAUGUUUUCCAUAGUCUGCAUCUGACUAAUAUAUAUUGAUGAGACAUUACGUGGAUUGCUACCAUAGUUUUGUGCUUAAAAUCACCAUAGUAAUGAUAGUAGCAGUCACUUAUUGAACUCAAAUUCCCAUUCCUUGUAUAGUCCGAGGAAGGGCUGAUGGAAGAACAUAGUUGAUAACUGUUGACAGCUCCUGUAUGCCACCAUUAGAAGUGCUGUGCUCCAUAUACUGCUGAGACUAGGAGACCAAUCACCUCUUGGAAAUGUAAAGUUAAAAUGUUCUGACUGGUUCUUUGCUCACUGCAGAAUGGAUUUGAUUUAAAUGAAGUACAUUUUAAAUCACUAGUUCGUAAGACUCAAUUUAAAUCGUGAAAACUGUAUACCAGGACGUGUAAUGCAGUUGGCAUAUUUCUCUUUGCACAUACCUCUGAAUUAUGUAGUGGGAUGAGGUCAAAUAGAACAGUUGGGUGACUUCUUUCUUAUUUUUACCCCUUUUUCUUUAAUGCCUUCAAGUGCAGGAGGCAGAGACUCAAAUUUGCCCAGAAUCGAAAUCACUCUUUCAAUGUCUUAAUUUUAAAUUAAAAAAACAAAAACCAAACAGAACAUGCAUAUAUGUAUGAAGUGUUUUUAACCCCUUCUCUUUUGACCCAUGUUGAAAAUUGUUGUGACCAUGAUGGGCCAUGAUUUGAAAACAAUGUUUCCUUUUCCAAUUAAUUUUUAAGGAAAUUUUGCCACUGGUACUGUUUUUUUUUCUAGAAAAUUAACUAGGGAUAUGCAAAUAACUAUAUGUGAAUGUUCCUUACUUAUGUUUACUGGGGUGUUUAACUUUCUGUAGGAUAAUCAUCCUCCCCCCCACCACCACCACCACCACCACCCUACCCUUGUUCCAGGCAUGAAAGAGUUACUUCUUCCCAAUAUUCCUUAUCUCAGUCUGGUUGGCCUUUGUAUUCAAUGCCUGGGGCCACUGGGAUAAUUGCACACACAAACAGGUCUUUAGUGGGAAACAUCACAGGCCUGUCAGGAGAGCACAAAAUCUGUGUGUUAACCGAUUUAUAGCCGACACUCCCCAGGCAUGAGAGGACACAUACUACUCACCUCUUAACAUCUAGAGUUUUAAAGCUGUUCUAAGCUCACCUUUUCAUACUUGAUGGUCUGGCACGAUCAGGUUUUCCAAUUUGCUGGCUUCCUGUCCCAUGUUUUGCCAUGAUUAUAUAAGUAAGAUAAUUCUCAUAAAUAAAUGGAUCUAUAUAUACUGAGAACCAUGUUCCUUCCACCUUCUUUACUAUUAAUGUAAAGAUCACUUGAUUUAGAUCUGUGAAAACUUCCAUGUAUAUUAUUCUAAUAUUCUCCGGGAAGAGUGGUUAGGUGAUUUUGGUUAAGAGGUAUGUCAGGAUGUCUGAGUUGCUAGCAAAGUUAGGACGGUAGACUAGAACAUAAGGGACACUUAAUAAUGUGUGAUCCAAUACAUUUAAAUUAACAACGCAACAACAAAAAAUAGAAUCUACAGUUCAAAGUAAGGCAAGAAGACCUGGUUGUCUGCUUUACAGCAAGGAGAUGCUACAAAUGCGCUUUUAUAAGAAUGUCACUUUUUUAUAAAAUAAUCCUGUUGGGACAAGCACUUUAGCAAGCUGGAGUCUUCCUUUGAAUUACCUCUCCAUGCCUUCUUUUACAGGAUUUUUCAUGUAGCCCAGAACAUACUUGAAAACGAGAGAAAUCUCACUGUAUCCUUCCUAUCGAUAAAUAAUGUAUCAAUGUAUCCUUCCAAUCUCUAUAAAUAAUGUAUCUGACUUGCAGAUACAUUAUUUGUUCUCCUUAUUCACAUAUAAGCUGGCUGAAAUCUUGAUUUAAAGGAACACUAUAGUGUUAGGAAUACAAACAUGUAAAUUCUUACAUCGAUUACAUUUAUUUAAUUUUUGGCUGGCUUUACCACCUGUGCCACAUUGUGCGUGCAUAUUAAAGGGACACUCCAGACCAGUCAUGCACUUUAGCUUGCAGUAAAGCUUUGUGUGAUUUUUUUUUUUCCAAUAGAAAUGGACUCUUUAAUUAAGUUACACCCCUCUGGCUUUCAAGCAGACCGCAUGUACUGUUACUUCCUGGUUCGGUUAACUCAGUGGAGCAAUUGCCCAGGGCACCUGUCUUGCAAAGAUUUAUGAUUGAGCUGGAUUGGGAAGUCUGUGAUUGGACAGCAACAGAAAGACUGGACUGGGGAUAAAGGGGAGGGUUUGCAAAGGCAGCAGACAGAAGAUUUUGCAAGCUUUUUUUUUAGAUAUACCCUAAAUGAAAACAUGCAUGUAAUUAUGCAUUUUUUUUUUUUUUCUAUUGGUGGUAUAUGUACUAAAAAUAGUUUAUUAAUUUUGUAUUUGGGAAGUGCCUUUUAAUAUCCGCAACAAAAUUUGCCUUUUUGAUACAUGCACUGAAAUACCACCUUUCACCUCCUUAUGCACAAGCACUAAGGACACAUGUCUCUUGCCUUUGUUCUAAAAGGAAAAAAAAAAAAUGAGCACCAUUAGGAUUAUGUUACCCAUUUACAUGCUGAGAAGGGGUGGUUGGGAGAUUUAUAUACAAAGUAAAAUUACACUUUUGUGUGUUUAUCUUAAAGUGCCAGUGCUGCUCCUUUUAUGAAAUCACUGGUUUUAGUCAUAUUUUAAAUGGCCUGUCCAGAUAGCCUUAGUUGCUUGUCUCUGCUUUUUGUUUGUCUAGGCUGCUAUCCUUUGUUCACUUGCUAUGCUGGGAAUGUGCAGAAAUCUGAUUACCCCUAAAGUACUUUCACCUUUCAAUCUCUAAUGGCACCAGCUGUGUGACUGCUUCAUACAAGUACUCCUAUCAGACAAGCUAGACUGUCAGACCACAUCAAAUCAAAAGGCACCAAAGUCCUAUCUACUCCAUCACCCCCUAGGCUGUUUAUUUCCUUUUUAAAAACUCCCCACAUUGUCUGCUUUUGGAUUAACCCCUUAAGGACGCAUGACGGAUAAUUUCCGUCAUGCAGUAUUUUUCCAGCAGGGUCUAUUACCUUGCUGGUACCUAUGAGCCCCAGGUAUCAUUUGAUUCCUCGGGCCAGAAUUAGUGGCCCCAGACUGACAGAUGCUCUGUUUGCAGAGCUCAAAGUGAGCGCUGCAAACAAACAUUUAAAUCCCCACUAUUACAAUUUGAUGUGAUCAUGGUUUAAUCCCUGCUCACACAAGGGAGUUCCAGGUAUCAAUGGAAACCUGGGGCUCCCCUCUAUCAGCUGGGGACAUUUUUAGUGACCCUAGCCUUUUUGAUGAGCUACACGCAGUGCUAGAAGUCAGCGCGGCACGUAUCUGCUUAAAUAGGCAUUUAAAUGCCUAUAUCUAGAUUGUGGUGUAAGCAGGGUUAAAUCCCUGCUCACACCAGGAAACCCAGGUAUCAUUAGAAACCUGGGUUUCCCCUCUGUCAGCUGGGGUAAUUUUUAAUGUCCCCAGACUGACAGCUGAGCUGCAUGCAGAGCAUAAAGUGAGAUUGGCAUGCAGCUGUUUAAAUGGGGAUUUAAAUCCCCAUAGAGCACAAUGCAGUGAGCAGGGUUAAAUCCUAUAGAUAUUAGUAGAGGGAAACCUUUGGGAUUAAGAUUAAAUUAAGGAUUAUUAUUCAGUUUAGAAUAAGUACUAGAUUUAUUAUAAGGUUUAUGUUUAAGAUUAGGUUUAUAGUUAAUUGUAGUAUUGGGAUUAUGUUUCAGAUUCAGAUUAUGGUUCAGAUUAGGAUUAAAUUCAGCACGGGCAUCCCUUGCUGAAAAUAGCAAGGGAAUUCCUCUGCUGACACCAGCAGGGGGAAUCAUUUUAACACCUAUUGCUAAAGGUAGGAUUGAGAUUAGGAUUUAGGUUAUAAUUAGGGUUACACAUGGGAUUAUGUUAUGGGUUAGGAUUAUGGUAAGGGUUUAUUAUUAGAUUGAGGAUUAGAUUUGGGAUUAGGAUUUAGUUUAGAAUUAGGGCUUGGUUUAGGAUUACGCAUUUAGAUUGGAAUUAAGAUUAAGAUCGCUACUUUCACCGACAUAUGGGGUAUAUUUGUACUGAGAAGAUGUUGCUGAGUACAGCUAAAAUAAUUUUAUGACAGUGGGACACACGAGUUAAAAAAUAAGCAUCAAUAAUACUAUAUAUAUGUUAACAUAAAAAUGAGUACCACAAACUUUGAAACAAAAUGGUAACAAAAUGUCACUUCAAUAAAGCUUAUAAUAUUUAAUGUGAGAGUCCCCAUGGUGUCCACUUUUGUAAAUGGUAUGCAUUGGUGGCGUAAUUUAAAUAAGAGACUAAAAUGCCCCAAAAUGAAACAAUGACCCAUUGUCAAUUUGCCAUUUAAAAAAAACUGUACUGGGCCGGGUAUGAUUUUAGCCCUACUGGCUAAGGUGUACAAAGGGGGCCAUUUUGUACUCAGGAAAUAUAGCUGAGAAUAAUUUAGUGAUUUAACGUACAGUAGCAUAUAUCAAGUUUCCAAAAUUAACCACCAAAAUACGUGUGUAUAAAAAUGCAAAAAUAAAACAAUAUGAUAAAAUUUGAAAGAAAUUGGUGCUAACUGUAUAAUGAAGCUCAAAAUAUACCAUAUGACAUAGCCUGUGGUGUCUAAUUUCACAAAUGGUAUGCAUUUAUGGGGUAAUUUUAACUGUUAAACUGAUACAAUGCCCUAAAAUGUGAUAUAGACACACCAAAUCCAUUUAUCAAAAUUCUAAUUGUAAAAACUGUAAUGGUCAGGACUCUUUUUUUAAGGCACUGUAGCGUCACAUGAUAGUGACAAAGACAUAUAUUGGGGGUAUUGCUUUAUUCAGAAGAGUUUGCGGAGCAUAAUUAUGGUAAUUUGAUCACAGUGGCACAUACCAGACUUGAAAAAUGACCCCCAAAAAUGUAACAUUUAUGUAAAAAAUGCAAAAAAAUAUUAUUUUACCACAAAGUUUGACAUAAACUUGUGAAAAAAUGGCAUCACAUUAAGGCACAAUAUACACCAUAUGAGAUACACUGUAGUGUCUACUUUCACCAAUGGUAGGUCAUUGAUGGAUAAAUUCAACAGUUAAACUGCUACAAUGCCCCAAAAUGAGACUUGCCCCAAAUUUCUAAGUUAUGGAACAAAAUUAUCACUGUGAAAACUGAAAUGGUCACGUCUCUUUUUAUGGCACUGUAACUUCACAGGAUAGUAGCAAAGGCAUAUAUUGGGGGUAUCGUUUUACUCAGUUGAUAUGGCUGAAAACAAUAUGGGGUUUUCUACAGCAGUAGUAUAUAUCAGCUUUAUAGAAUACACAUUCAAAAUCCUUGUUUUGUGUGUGUAUGUUAGAAAUCUGAAACAAACACAAUUUUACUACACUGUUUAGCAGAGAUUGGCGGCAAAAUGACUACGUUAAGUGUCAGAAUACCCUUUGUCAAAUAGCCUGUGAUGUGUGCUUUAUAUAAAUAUAUACUUUUGUGCAUCAAUUUUGCUUUCUGUGAUGGCUAUUAAGCUUACAAGACAAACAUGCCAAAUUCUAAAAUAGCUCCACAUUAAAAUUUUAUUUUACUCCUUGUGUUUUGUGACCUGUAACUUUUAAAAUAAGCUGAAAUCCUAGACAUAUUAUGUACUCUGAAAAUCAGAACAAAUAAUUGAAUAUUUUUUUAAAUUACUUUCCUUAAGCUGCACUUAUUAUACACACUUUAUUAUUGCCUAAACUGAAAAAAAACUUUUUUUUUAUAAUAAGAAUUUAUAUAUAUGUGUGUGUCACAUCAGAUUAAAACCCUUUUUGUCCUUUAAAAAAACGAUAUAUAACAUGUGUUGGUGCAAUCAAUUAGAAAAAUGCAAACGGAGGUUGAACACAAACAGCAAAAAAUGCUUGUGUCCUUUAGGGUUAGUCCAGUUUUUGAAGCUGCGUCCUUAAGGGGUUAAUGAAAAUUGUUUUAAAAAGUAUUUGUUUACAAUACUCACAAAGUAUACCCCAUUUGGAUUGUCUUAUAAUUUUAGAAAAAUCUGUAAAUUUAUAAGUGUCUUAAUCCCUACAUCUGGAUGUCACCCCCCACCAGUAACAAACUCUGGGCUUCACAUUAACAGAAUCCUUGCUGACAAUGGAUUUCAAUUUUUAUAUAGCAUUUUAGAGAAAUCUGUAACUCGUAGUUCUUGUCUUGUAAGAGGCAUCACCCCCUGCAAAUUCUCAUAAUGCAUGGAUUACAUUUCUGAAUCAGGGAGACUUAACUAGUGGUUGUGCAUGGAGGGGGAGGGUAUGUAUGCAGUGUUUAUGGAUAAUCAGAGCAUACAGAAUGCUUGUUUCUUUCUGGGGGAUCUCUGGGAUCUGAGGACUGCAUUUGUAGAAUAGCAGACGACCAGCGAUGCAUGUGGGGAUCAGACACUGGGGGGUUGCUGGCUCCCUUGUGGAUAUGGGGGGGGGGGGUGGUGGUGGUUGACCAUUUCAGUGUUUGUUUAAUAACAGAAGAAAGUCAAGCAAUUAAUUCAGUCAAGCACAUGAUCAUUCUCUAUCUGUAAUGCUGCUCUUGUACCUUACAUGAGGCCAGAAAACCAUUAGACAGUGCAGAGGUUAAUAUAACCUUUACUGUAUAGAGACAUAUCCCAUUGAUGGCUGCAAAACACACUUAACCCGUUCACUUCCUCAAAAAUGUUUAUUGCCCAUUUAAGGACACCUUUCAUUAAGAGCUUCCAUGUGUGAUGCCCUACCAUUUCAGCCCUAAGUACUGGAGACACCUGAGGUUAUUGUUUGGAGUUUUUAUUUUUAUUCAGACCAAAAUAGAAGUCGCCUUGUUAGUGCCAGUCAUGAGUCAUCUGUGGAUUUUCUGGAAGGUAAUGGGUUAUAAUAAUGCAAAAAACUAAAUUUAGAUGAUGAAUACAAACCUAUUAAGUUAGUGCAGUUACAAUUCUUUAAUAAUAAGUAUUUGGAGGUAGUACAGUGACUGUGUACACAACUUCACGUUUUUGUCAAUCUGCGCCUCCACCCACUUUAUUUAUUUUUUUAAUUUAGUUUAUUUUUUUUCUAAAUUUCAUCCCUCUCCCCACCCCCAUUUUGUAAUGUGAGCAAUUGUCAACGAAAACAUUGCUGUCAUAGCUCAGUGCCAGUACACGAGAGGGACACAGUUUGCUGUUGGGUAGGAGCCAUACUGAAAACCUUUCCUUUGAAUUUAUUCCCCAUUCUCUACUUUGCUGUAAAUCCCAAACAUUUUUGUGAAGUACGAAAUUUCUCUUUCGUAGUUUGCUGGAAUUAUUCUGUUUGAAACAUCAUCUGAACUUCACUCCUACCAACUGAGGUAACAAACCGAAAGACACAAAAUGGCAAAAAGAUGUGGCAGCAAACUUAAGGAGAAAUGGCAGUGUUCAAACAAAAUGUCAGAAAUGUGGUAAUUGGCUGCACUCUAUCAAUUUCAGAACCCAGUCUAGGAGAGUUGUUGUGUUGUCGUCUUUUUUCUCUCUCUCUCUCUCUCUCUCUCUCUCUCUCUCUGUCUCUCUCUCUCUGUCUCUCUCUCUCGUCUGUCUGUCUGUCUCUCUCUCUCGUGUGUCUGUCUCUCUCGUGUGUCUGUCUCUCUCUCUCUCUCUCUCGUGUGUCUGUCUCUCUCUCUCUCUCUCUCUCUCGUGUGUCUCUCUGUCUCUGUCUCUCUCUCUCUCUCUCUCUCUCUCGUGUGUCUGUCUCUCUCUCUCUCUCGUGUGUCUGUCUCUCUCUCUCUCUCUCGUGUGUCUGUCUCUCUCUCUCUCGUGUGUCUGUCUCUCUCUCUCUCUCUCGUGUGUCUGUCUCUCUCUCUCUCGUGUGUCUGUCUCUCUCUCUCUCUCUCGUGUGUCUGUCUCUCUCUCUCUCGUGUGUCUGUCUCUCUCUCUCUCUCUCGUGUGUCUGUCUCUCUCUCUCUCUCUCUCGUGUGUCUGUCUCUCUGGGGAGGAAUGAAGCCCUGGAAUCAGGGAGUCUGUAGUUUGCUGUUUGGUCUGGCAUGGUCUCUCUUUGAAAUCAGAUCACUCUCAGCCCUGCUUUCCUGAGGAGGUCCCUCUGCUGUUAAGGAGAAGGAGUGGUGAUAAUACAGAGUUUGCUUUUUUGCUGGCGCCAGAUUGACUGUUUAUCUGGAGAUCUCGCCAAUUACAGCUGCUUUCUUAAAGCUGCAGUCAAGCUCUUCCUCCCCCCUCCUCUCUUGUUUGGGGGCUCUGUCCACACUGUAAAAAGCUUGGUGUGUAGAGCCAGACCCUAUAAUAAUUUCCUUCUUAUCUAUCCCUCUCUUACCAAUUUAUUUGCUUGUUUUUCUCCCUGUCUUAUUUUUAUUUAUAUAACAACCCAUUCUGCAAAAAUCUAAUGUCUAGAUUUUUUUGGAUUUGUUUCCCUCUUAUGGUCAUAAAUUGACAUUAUGAAGUACUUUUUAAAAAUCCUAUUGAGUUUUAUUUGCUAAACAAUUAAUUUUAAUAAGCGGACAGUCACCCACCAGUUGGAUCGAAUUUUUAUUUUAUUUUUUUCCAAACAAAAUUGAACAAUACCGGUUUUAAUGCAAGAAUAUCAGGACAUCCCAGCAUACCCAUUUAAUAAUAUGAGCCAGAUAUAAAAAUUGGCAUUUUAUUUUGAUCAUUUAUAUUCUACUGAUAUGCAAUAUGACACUAAGGUUUUAUUUGUAUGCUUCUUAUUUUCCAGAGUCCCCACCCCCACCGUAUUCACGCCUUUCACCAAAAAUUGAACAGAAGGAGCUAGGUGAGUACACCAGCUUGGUGCCAUUUUAAUAUUCAUUAGAAUAAUAUUAUAAAACUGCUUCACUAAUCUAAAGUUGUUGUUGUUGUUUUGGUGCUUGGUGUCUAGAUCAUGCCCGCGCAGUUGCACUGCUCCGUUCUCUGCCAUUUAGGAGUUAAAGUGACACUAUAGUCACCAGAACCACUACAGCUUAAUGUCUGGUGUCUAUAGUAUGUCCCUGCAGUCUCAGUAAUGAAGAGGCAGUAUUUACAAUGCUACACAGUAACAAGUCAAGUCUAGUGACAACCACUAGAGAUGCUUCCUAUUUCAGUGCUGCAUGGUGUGCAGCACCUCAGUUCAUAGUCUCUAUGCGCUGCAUGUUGGUCUCCAUAGAGAUGCAUUGAUUCAAUGUAUCACUGAGUAUAAGCUCAUUGGUGCAACGUUUUGGAGCACCUGUGCAAUAAUUAGCCUUCUUAUACCUUUCAGCCGUGAAGAUGGGGCCAGCAGCAGCGACACCAGCACUGUGUGUGUGUGUGUAUAUGUAUGUAUGUGUGUGUGUGUGUAUGUAUGUGUAUAUGUAUAUGUAUAUGUGUAUGUAUAUAUAUAUAUAUGUGUAUGUAUAUGUAUAUGUGUGUGUGUAUAUAUAUGUAUAUUUUUUAUUUUUUUUUUUUUGUAUGUGUACAUUGGCAUUUUUAUUCACGGUAAUAAAAGUUAAUUUUUAAUUAAGUCACUGGAGUGCUAUCCUUUUGAACUUCUUUUUGUAUUUUUGGCUGGACAAGCACCGGGCAUUAUAGUAAUUUUGGUGGAAUGCAGGAUUUUUCAGACACAGUUGUGGUAGCCCUGCUCCCUUAAAGGGGACCAGUCAUGCACCAAACAACUUCUCCUCAUUAGAUUGAGCAUGAGAGUCUGCCCAUUCAUUGUGUUAUCAGUUUUGCUAGGAGAAAAACCUAUUUAAAAACAGGUGCUCCUCACAGCUGUCAGACAACGCCUUGGCAAAAUAGAGCAGUAAAGACCUCCCGCAGGAGGUUCCUCUGCUCUCCACCCAUAGCAAUCUCAGUGUAUGCGUUGUGGUUGCUAUGGAAGUUCCCUAGCCGGCAAUUCUAGGAACAUAGUGAUGUGAUGUCACUCCGUUCUCACGGUGGCAACAUAGCCAACAUGCUGACAUCACUAAGCUUUGUCCUGCUUGGCAGUGCGUCCCAUUACAGGGCAAACCAAAGAAGACUGCGGGAGGGAGUACGGCCUGGUGGGUAUUGCACGAAAAGGAAAACUCGUGAAGCAGUGCUGGAACGAAGGAAUGGUUAAUAAAUCAAUAUAUUUUACACUGAAUAUACAAUGCAUCUUUGUGUUAUAUGGUGCAUUCAAUGUAUAUGGAAGCAAUAUCAGGUAAGUUACAUUUUUCUUUACAUGUUCACUUUAAUUCCAGUAAAAAAAAAAUAAUGCAACUAAACUUAGCAGAGCAGGCAUAGGUAGGACUCUUGUUCUUUUCCUUAUUACCAAAUAACUAAAUCAAACUAUCAGUGUUUUCCCCACCUGUCAUUUUAGAACCCAUGUUCUGGUUUAUACCACAUCUUAUGGGGGUUGGUGCCAUUCCUUUUUCCAGAAAGAGAUAAACAUGGGUAUCUUUCUGCCUUACUGUGUUCACUAAUCAGUCUGAUAAGCUUACUUAGACAAGCUUAAUCUCCCUGGAUUCCUAUUGUCUCCUUGUGUAAAUAUUAUUAUUCACUUUACUUCCCUAAACUAAUUGCUCAGUCUCCAUUAGUCAAACAAAAGAUUGAAAAAAGUGUGCAUUAGUGCACAUAGUGUGCAAGCCCAGUAAAUAGGUACAAAUAGUAAAUGUCAAAACCCUGCCUUUUCCUGCAACGUACAAAUUGUAUCUGGAGCCAGACCAUAAGAGUCUGGGACUAUGAAGCGCUUCAGACUGUGUUUUUUGCCUUCUUUUGAUCACAAAAAAAAAAAUAUAUAUAUAUAUAUAUAUAUAUAUAUAUAUAUAUAUAUAUUUUUUUUUUUUGAGGAAGGCUGAACUUGAUGGAUGCAAGUCUCUUUUCAGCUAUGUAAGUGUGUAGGCCUAAGGCAAAAGUGUUCAAAGUAAAUUAAUAUUUAGCUGCUGCUGAUUAAAUAACUAAACAUUCUAAAAGUACAGUUUUUAUUUUUUAUUAUUUUUGUUGAAUAUCCACAAAUACACUUCAAUUGGUGAAAGUACUCCCAGAAAUAUUACAAAUUCUUUUAUCUGUAUAAAAAUAGACUGCUUUCUUUGGCCUGUCUGCAGUUUGAGGCAGACACCCCUUCAACACUAGGAUACGACACAUCUGAUUUAAAACACUCUCACUAUCUGGGGUAUUUGCAUAAUUGGCAAAGACCUCCGUUAGUGACAUUGCCGCGGCGGGUCUUGUGGGGGGAAAGUACAAUUUACUUACCGGAUACUGUCAUUCAUGGGCAUCGCCAUCUCCUGUCUGGUUCUCGUCAGCUGCCAAGAGUCAUCGUUUAUACUGUACUCUUGCAGGGAUCCUCCAUAGAAAGACCCCCAUCCAGCCAUCACCGUAAUGAGUGAGGCAAAUGACAAGCUUGUCAAAAGGUAACUCUCCCUUUUUGUCAAGCAUAGAAAAAAUACUGAGACAAAGUAGUCCCUAUUGUGACUGGAUUGGAAUUUCAGUGAAUUAUAGUUUAGUCUUGUAACGAUUGUAUACAUUAUUACACCAAGACCUGAGAGUUUGUGAGAUUGAGAUAUCUCAAUCUAUAAUGCAUUGCUAAACACAAAUACACACACCAGUCAAGCCAUAAGACUUGCUUUUCCCAUAGAAAUCUCACUUUAACAGUGCUCUCACUACUGCAAGGGAUUCUGGGUAGGCAUGUACAAAUGAGCUCAACAAUGAGCCACAUUUUUUGCCUCCUAGUUCCACUUUUUAUAGUUGAAAUCCCUUGGAGUAUGUCUGCUGUAUACAACAGCUUUGCAACACAACUUGGGUAGAGGAGCAAAGCCAGUGAACCAUUCAUUGUUGGGGGAGGGGGGAGUGUGUGUAUGUGUAUAUGUAUGUAUGUAUAUAUAUAUGUAUGUAUAUAUAUAUGUAUGUGUGUGUGUGUGUGUAUAUAUAUAUAUAUAUGUUAGUGUAAUAAUGUAUAUAAGCUUUACAAAAUAUAACACUAGGUCCUGAGAGUGUAUACACACAUACAUAUAUAUAUAUAUAUAUAUAUAUAUAUAUAUAUAUAUAUAUAUAUAUUUAUUACACACACACACAUAUACACUCUUACAUUAUUAUAUUUUGUAAAGCUUAUAUACAUUAUUACACUAACUCUGUCUAUCUAUAUCUUUGAUAUUCUGUUGCUCUCUGUUUUUAAAUUAAAGUUAGGAUUUCAUCUAAGAUGGCGUGUUCAAUAAUCUUUCAUCCUGGCAGUAGGGCAACGAUAUCUUCCUAGACCUAGAGGCUAUGUUUGCUUUCAGCUCCCAGAUUUUGAGAAUUGGUGAAAUGUCACAUUUAAUUAAGCAUUUAUUACAUAUUACUUGUUACUUAUUUUGAGUCUUGGGUGAAUUUUUAACCUUCACUUUUUGUUGAAAAACCUAGAACUUUCUGUGUGAGUAACAUAGCAAGGUUUUUUAAUUUAUUUAUUUAUUUUUUAUUUCAAGGGUUAAUAAUAUUUAAAGUGUGUUACUUAAAGGAGAAGGAACAAUGUCAGCGACUUGUUAAAACAAAGUUGCUUGUGCUUCAGUAGCGGAGGGGAGGAAGGAAGGAAACCUGCAAGAAUAAACAGCUUCAAGAAUGUUAAUGUGGGUAAUUAACUAUGGUAACUAUGAAGCAUUUAAAGGCUUCGUGUAACCCUAUCCUUAGAGUGCCGUGUCCCAGCCUGCUUAGUGGCCAGGGCAGUUGAAAUUGUACAUGCUACAGACAAGAGGGGGUGGUUGGUGGGUGUAACAGGAGGAGGGAGGGCAUGCAGACCCUGCAGGCAGAGCAGCUCCCUGGAAGGCGAGUAGGUGACAUUGCUGGAAUCCUGGCUGUUCACCUGGAUUAGAGAUGCUUUUAUAAUUUGCAAGCCCCAUUCUGUACAGUUCCAAUUAUGUUCUCAUGACACAUCUGGUCCUGGAAUGGCAUCAGAUUAAAAUCAUUAUUUCUGUCUCUUGAUGUUUCUUUAUAGAUGACUUUCUUUAUUGUAAAUGCAGUUAAAGGUCAGGCAUGCACAGUUAAAUUAAAACACUUAUUUUCUACUGCCUUUGUUUAUUUUAUUUUUUUUUAAGUAUGCAGAACAGAAUUUCCCAACUUUUUUUUUUUUUUUUUUCUCUCUCUCUAACCUGGUUUCCAUCCCGCAGCCUGCCUGCUUCCAAGAUGAUACCUUUUGUGGAAAAACUAUACUACAUACUGUACAGAAGAAUUAUCCUAGUUAAAACACACCUGCAAAAAAAUGUAUUGCUGGUAUCAGUGAUUUUACUACAAAAUAAUCUAGUCAGGUCCUUUUACUCAUUGCCACACUUUCUGUUUUCUAGAUUUUUCUGAUUCAUACACUGAAAUGGAUGCAUCAUGCUCUUUGCGUAUCCCUGUUGGAGAUGUUUCAGGUAUUUUUCUUUCUUUUUUUUUUUUUUUUUUAAAGCGUUGUACCUGCACUCAUUGAAUUAUACAUCUCUACAAUUGGCAUUGAUUUUGUUUGGUGGUAUAUUAAAUCUUUGAUCUAUUGCAAGUCCCUUCCCUUCUCAGGCACAUAAUAAUCACAGCACAUAGUAAUUCCAGGCUUGUUGUAGAGAAGCCAUGUGCAUGGCUGUCCUAUCACAUACUUCUAAGUGAGCCCAAUGAGAAGUCUUUCAAAAGCAAGCACUCUGCCUGAUAAACUGAAGUUUGGAGUGUUCCUUUACCUCGAUUAGAAUUUGAGAAAUUCUGUUAAAUGCAAGCUUAAUUCUCUUUAUCACAUUAUCCAGUUGCAGAGUUUUGCUCAAACAUUAAAGAGAAUCUGCUAUAUGCUGCUUUGCCUUUUUAAAAUUUAUUUAUUUUUUAAAGGAACACUAAACGGUCAGGAACACAAACAUGUAUUCCUGACCCUAUAGUGUUAAAAUCACCAUCUAGCCCCCCAGGCCCUUCAUGCCUCCAUAAAUAUAGCAAAAUCUUACUUGUAUUCAAGCCAGAAGCUGUAACUCUGUAUGCUGUUAGACACAGAAAAAAAAGCAGUUUGCUGACAUCAGAAGUGGUGGCCUAAUCCAGUCACAAUGCUUCCCCAUAGGAUUGGCUGAGACUGACAAAGAGGCAGAUCAGGGGCAGAGCCAGCACAAUUCAAACACAGCCCUGGCCAAUCAGCAUCUCCUCAUAGAGAUGAAUUGAAUCAAUGAAUCUCUAUGAGGAAAGUUCUGUCUGCAUGCAGAGGGAGGAGACACUGAAUAUUUGGAUGCAUUUUAGGCAGCCAUGACCCAGGAAGGAUCUCUAACCGCUAUCUGAGGAGUGGCCAGUGAAGUUCUCACUAGGCUGUAAGGUAAACACUGCAUUUUCCCUGAAAAUACAGUGUCUACAGCAAAAAGCCUGAAGGUAAUGAUUCUACUCACCAGAACAAAUACAAUAAGCUGUAGUUGUUCUGGUGACUAUAGUGUCCCUUUAAUCACCAAUAAAAUAUGUAAUUGCUCUGUUCCAGAAGCAUUCCUUAGAGAAGCAUUGCGGCUAUAAGGCACAUAUGUUGUAAUAGCUGUGCUAGUCAAUCUGUUUCUCCUCAUAGAGAAGCAUUAUCCUAAUGUUUCUCCAAGGCCAGAUUUAGCUGCGUUUUGACGUCAUGAUGCUUCAUGUGACAGCCUUCUAAAAUUGAAGGCACUCCAGGGAGAAGUGCAUCUAGUGCUCAGGUUCCCAAACUUUUUUCAAAGAGGGCCAGAUUUGAUGAAGUGAAAAUGCGUGAGGGUUGACCAUUUUGCCUGACAUUCUUUGAGCCAUUAAAAUUAAAUGCAAACUAACUAUUUUAUGCAAAAUUUAUUGCAAGCGGCAUACAUUUCAUCUCUUUUUUUCUGUCCCUUCUCUCUUUUUUUCAUUCUGUCCCUUCUCUCUCUUUUUUUUUUUUUUUUAUUUAUUUUUUUUAUUCUGCCCUUUCAUUCUGUACCUCCCGGGAGAAGAAAGAGAUCGCAAGAACUCAGACUGAGGACGAGCAGUGACUGCACGUCCAUCUGCAUUCUCGCGAUCUCUUGGCACCCAGUGAAUCCCCGCGCGGCGUUCAAAGAUCGAGGGAUCCUCAGCAGCGCUCGGGGAUUCACUGGGGGACACAACAGAUAGGAUUAGCAAAAUAACCUGUGGGGCCAUAUAAAACAGGAACACGGGCUGCAAAUGGCCCAUGGGCCGGACUUUAAACAUGACUGAUAUAGUGGUUGACACAGGGCCACCAUCAGGAGUUGACAACCAUGAUGGUUGUCACGGGCCUGGCCGCCCGAGCCCAAUGUGUAGCGGCGGAACUGCCACCUGGGCCUGCACGCUGAGGUGGCCCAAGCAUUUUAGGGCCACCCGAUGGGCCCUAUAUCUUCAGGGGCCCGGAAAGCGCAACCAGGCCUCUUUUAAAAAAUAAAAUAAAAAUACAUUAUAAAGCCUUCCCACACCCUACAAUUUGACUCAGAGCGCUCUGGUUGGUUUAAGCCAACCAAUAAGAGUGCUCUGAUAGGUAAAUAGUGAGCCAAUCCGGUAACCAGUUAAACUGGAUUCGACCAUGACAGUGCUGCUUUUAGUCUAUGUAAAAAUAUAGACAUGUUAUUGCAAUAUGUAAUAAUAGAGUAAUGGCAAAAAAUGAAACUUGAAAAAGGUGUGUGUUUUGUUUUUUUUUUGUUUUUUUGUACACUGGAUUUGUCUGCAACACACAUGAUCCUUGUAACUGCAAAUACAGCUUGGUUCAUUAUUUAGUGAACUGGGUUGUGUUUUACUGUCAGAAGAGUAAUCGACUGUGCAUGUGCAGUCCCCAGUUUUGUUCUCUCCAGGGAGGAGAAAGCACCUUCCCUAAUGUGUGCGUGUCACGCAUGUGCAGUAAGGACAAUAUUGACACAGGUAGCCUGAAACUAAUUAUUUUGGACUGCUUGAGACGGAAUAUAUCCCUUACUAUGACUGGUUUUUUUUUAAUAUUAAUGUCGCCUCUUUUCUUGGAACUCCAUAUUGUUGGUGUGUUUAACAGCUCCACAGCAAUGAUACUCACAGUGCUGUGUGUUUAGAAAUCCAUCCAUGUAAAUAACAAAUACUGUUCUAAGUUUGUUUGUUUUAGCUGCGUACAUUGUACUUGGUCACCUAAAAUUUCCCAGAACUAACCUGCCUAUGACCACACCCCUAAAAUUAAAGUUUCCCUCUUUGUCCAUGUGAAAUUUUGGGAGGUAUGUGACGGCACUGGUGGGAUGUCUUGUAGUGGCUGCAGUUUUUUCAAAUCACUGCCACUAUAAGCCAUUCUGCCAUGAGUUGGCACAGAAUGCUUUAAUCACCAUACACUCUGCAGUAAUGCAACAUGCUUCUUGUGUUCAGACAGACCCAUGAAAGCAGGCUUCCCCAAACUCUGGCCCUCCAGAUAGUGCUGGAACUAUAGAUAGGCUAUCUACUUCAUUCAUAGACUCAUGGGAAUUGUAGUUAGCAACAUCUGGAGGGCCGGAGUUUGGAGAAGCCUGCUUUAAAGUAUAAAAAAACAGGGUAUUAAAAAAUCCCCUGGAUUUGAAACUGAUACCAAGUUCAGCAAAUCUUCAUUGCAAUAGUGCUUUAUAAAUAAAUUAUAAGUAAUGGCAUCGGGCAGUGUCCCUGACCCUGUUUCUCAUCCCUUUCCUCAUCUUCCCUUGCACCUUUCUUUUAAAAACAUGUGUAGAUAGUAUGAAUAACCUGUGCAAGUUCCCCCCCAAUUUAAAAAAAAAUGUUAAACGCAAGCAAAAGAUUGGAAGAGGGAAGUCUUCCCAUUCCAUGCGUGUAAUGUUGGACUUGUAUUUCAUAUUUCUCUACUCUAGUAGUUUUUGUUUUUGAAAUCCUUAAAUGUGUUUGACUGGUGGGAAGAUUGUCCAAGGUGUCACAUGUUGUAGUUAUAGUGUCUGGUCCUUAUGGACUGUUCUACUUAUAAAGGCACUGGAAUGGUUAUUUGAUAAUUUAAGAUAUUUUUGGCGAUAGACUGAACAUGAGGCGUGAAAGAGAGGUUGGAGUCAGAGAGCACCUAGGCAGUGAGCCUGCGUUGUGGAGCUGAUGGUAGCACCGUUGACUUGGAGGGAGACAGACACAGGAGUAGCAACACUUGAGGGAGGAAAGACCAGAAUUUCAGUUUUGGUCAAGUUGAGUUUAAGGAAGUGGGCAUCCGGUUAGAAAUAGCAGAGAGGCACUGGGAGAGGUAGGAGGAGUACCAGGAGAGAGCAGUAUCUUGUAGACUGAUAUUGCGGAAGAUGAGAAGGUGUUGAUGAUCAACAGUGUCAAAAGCCGCAGAAAGGUGAAGGAGAAUUAGGAUAGAGUAGUGACCACAAGAUUUUGCAGCUAGUAGCUCAUUGGAUACUUUGGUCAGUGCCGUUUCUACAGAGUGCUUAGCGCGGAAACCAGACUGAAGCGGGUCUAGCAGAGAGUUGGACUCUAAGUCUGUCAGUCUUGCAUACACAACGCUUUCAAGGAUCUUGGAUGCAAAAGGCAGUAGCGAGAUAAGAUGGUAAUUGGAUGGGGAGUUAGGGUCAAGGCUGGGCUUCUUUAGAAUUGUGGUUACAGUUGCAUGUUUGAAGGGCAAUGGAAAUAUGCCAGAGGGGGAGAGAGAUUGAGAAUUUUAGUGAGAGGUGGAGAAGAAGACAGAGUACGGAUGAGAUGCGAGGGAAUUGGGUCUAGGGAGCAGGUGGUGGGGUGGGAGGACUGGAGCAGAGCAGAAACCUCUUCUGCUGUAGUGGGUGCGAAUGAACAUAGCAGAGUUUUUCUCUCUAACUUGCUGUCCUGUUUUUGUUUUUCUCUGUUAUUCAAUGUCAGUCUUGUUUUCUACCUGUUUCUCUAUUACAAAUGUUUGCAAUCCUGCUUUUGUGUUACUUUUCUGUCUAUGAUGAGUUGUAAGUUCCCUUCACACUUUUGAGCCACUAACUAGUUUAUCCCUCUUCUCCCCCCAACCCCACAAACAUUUUUUCCCCCAUCUAUUUAUGCAUUAAUUUGUAUGCCAGCUUUCCUAGUAGAUUGGUCAGCGCUGGAGAGGAGGGAGGAAUAAGUUCCAGGACUUCCACAUUGCUUAGCCUAUGUUUUGGAAGAGGCUCCUGUGGGAUGUUUAUUUGAGGGUAGGGAAACCUCAGCCAAACAUCCUGCUUUUAUCCUGCUUCUAAACUAAACCACUGGAGAGAGCAGACCACAGGAUUGUGACUACAUGAGGGUUGCUGCCUAUGUAUAUGUGUUUGUAAGGAAUUCAUGUGCAUAGAACACUUUAGACUUUAAGCUAUAAUGAACUUUUUUCAUGCAAGUUGGCUUGCAUAUACUUUUUUUUUUUAUUACAAGUUAUGGAGCAAGAAUUUAUAUUGGCUCUAUAUAAAUGAUAAAAUAGCAACUCAGAAUGUUAGUUAGAAAAUUACAUAGUGGAAGAGAAACAAAAGCUGUUUCUUUAAAAUUGACAUUACUGGUAGUAAAGGGACACUAUAGUCACCACUACAGCUUAUUGAAUUUGUUCUGGUAAGUAUAGGCUUUUUGCAGUAAACAUUGUCUUUUCCGAGAAAAUGCAGUGUUUACAUUACAGCCUAGGGAUAAGUCCACUGGCCAUUCCUCAGAUGCCUACUAGAGGUGCUUCCUGGGUCAGUGCUGCACACUGGGUCCUGGGCCUACAUUGCCAUAUAGGAGCUUGUAUGGCUAUGAUAACCAAUCCCUGAUCAUUCAUUUAAAUUGGAUAAUUUGUGAGUGUACAUGCUCACAAAGUUCUUAUCGAUGACAUUUACAUUGAAAACAUAUCAUGCUCUUUUCGAAUAAAUGGUCAAUGUCAGAGUUUACACAUUGGCACUCUUCCAGUAUGUUCUGCAUAAUUUAUAGUUUGGCUAUGUGAUAUGAACUAUAUACAGUGGUGUUUUAUUUAAAAAAAUAAAUAAAAAUAAUAUAGUUUUAAUACACAGUCCAUCCAAAGCAACAAACAAAGUUGUGCCAUUUAGACAGGGAUUAAAUAAAAAGUAUGAGCCUAGUGAUUCAUAACUGUGUGUUGAAGCAUGGACUCCUACUGACCGGUUCAUUACAUUUACAAAAUAAAACCUAUUCAAUCUAAAAUAUGCAGAACUGGUGAAAUAAACAUGUAUCCAGGGGGGACAGGCUCUGUAGUUUAUCCUGUCAUACAUAUCCUUGACGUUUCUGUGUUACAUAAGUGUCUGGAGUCAAAGGGGUUACCCUGCCCCCUUCUCUCUCAAAAAUUGCCAGUAAAUUGGGAAGAUUUAGGAUGUGCGCUCUCUGCAGGAGCAGUCUCUUUCCUCUGUCAGACACAGUAUCCUUUGAUGUUCUCUCCAAGACUCUGUCACAGACUUUCCAGUUCGUUCAAGCAGGAGGAACCGAGAACAGAUCAGAAAACAUACAGUUCUCUUGUGUAGAGUGGAUGCUGUCUUGGGCUUGCUCAGUUAUGGCCAAUGCAGGGCCUAAAAGCCUAAUAUUCUUGUUUUCCCUAGUAGAGGCUCAGAACAGUGAUUCCCUCGCCUAGGCACCCCACGUGUUUGUGGAUCUAAAAGCUGGCUGAAGAUCUGCUUUAGGGGGAUUUCUGAGAGUGGCUGAAAGCCACCUAAUGACUCCCAGUCCAGACUAACAGAGGACAGGAGAUUGCUAUCUUUCAUUUUAUACUAGUACUAGGAAGGCUGAAUAAUGUGAUAGGCAGAUAUUUUGGAAUUAAAAUCAAAACUAGAGUGAUUGUUCUAUACAGGCAAGCUUUUCAUGUUCCAACCUCUUUUUUUAAGAUGUUUCCUAAUUUACUGACUGUAGUUCGGGUUCCCUUAUCAGCCGGGUCAAUUCUGCCUUUUAUCCUGUCAAUUUUAAAUUGAUUACCAUUGAGUCAGGUAAUAAGAACAUUUAUUAAUCUGCUGCUGAUCCAAUAAGAAUCCUAGCAUGUGCGAUAAAGUGCUUUCAGCCUCCUUGGAAGCAAAAGUCAAUGUUAAAAAAAAAAAAAAAGACUGUGUGACACUCUAUAAUAUCCUCUGCUGUGACCCUUCCCCUUGGCCUACUUUCCUCUCAGUGGCCGCAGGAUGAGAUGGCUUCCUGUGUGAGGGGCCCUGGACAGGGUACAGAGUCUGGCAUGUUAGACACCUUAAUCAGGCUCCAGUUAUCCUUCCACUGGCUUCUCUGGCUCCUUCUUAUCUCUUCCUUUCCCUAUUUUAUCUCCCCCUCCCCUCCCCUGCUGCUUUCCUCCUAUUAACUAAAAAUGUGAACAUCCUGCAGGAAAACCAGAACUAACCUUAAAUGUUACCAUGAGCUGUGCUGUUUGCAUUCCGUGGGGUUUAAACUCCUGUCCACAGGUUCUUUAACUCUGUUCAGGCUGUAACAUAUUUGAGGCAGCACAUUGCUGUUUUUUUUAGUUUUUUUUAUUCUUCGAUCACUAUAUUGUGCUGUGUGAUGCUGAUUUUUGCAGAGUCUUGUCAAUCUUUAUUCAGGACUGGGACAUACGUGUGCAGGGAUGCCUGAGGUCCAUUUUAUUCGCACUCCUGGACUCCAGUCAUGUUGGCUGUUGUCAUUAUUUCUGGCCCCUUCUUUUACACAUUAAAUUGGAAGAGGUAGUGUCCCUCUCCGUCCCCCCCUCUCCCCUCCCCUUGGGCAAAUUAUUGCAUACUGUGCAGAACAGUUGUGGUGCGUGUGUAUAUUUGUGUCUGUGUUCUACAGUGGGUGGGUUUGCAGGGAAAAAUGUCUGGAUUUCUAGCAGGAGGGGUGGAGGCAGAGUCAAACACUGCGCUGGCCAAUCAGUAUCUCCCCAUGGAGAUGCACUGAAUCAAUGCAUCUGUACGGGGAAAGUUCAGAGCCUCCACACAGUGUUGAGACGCUGAACGUCGGUAGCACUGACCUAGGAAUCACCUCUAGUGGCCAUCUAAAUGACUGCCACUUGAGGUUUCCCUUGGAAGCAAUGAAAACCCUGUCUUUUUUUCCUGAAAAGGCAGUGUUUACAUUAAAAUGCCUGCAGUGACUGACUAGAUCCACCAAAACUACAUGAAGCUGGAGUUCUUCUGGUGACUAAAGUGUCCCUUUUAAAGAUGCAUAUCGCUGCAGCUUGUGAUAGGGGUAAAUUUCAAGGUUCUGAAGUAAUCACAAACCACAAGACUAAAAGUUUAUGAAUGUCUCCAGAAAAAAAGUUUAUUAUGGAAAAAUGUCAUUGAGGGAUACUGGAGACGCAAUAAACCACGAGACUAAAGUUAGUGGCUUUUAAAUGGCUCUAGAAACAGAAAUCAUGUGAUGGAGUAUCAUACAGUAAAUCACAGGAAAGGAGAGAACUUUUAUAAUCGCUGUUCAUGGCCAGGGGUUCCAAUGCAUUCAACUCUUAUGUAAAUUACUUUUGUUAAAGUAGUUUGUCUGUCCCCACAUCUGAGGGGUGGCACCCCUUCAAUAACCUGGAAGCGUAAUUGUAAGCCUUUCACUGCACAAGUCUUACCAGUUCUGGGGUUUGUUAAUGUGUCUCCUUUUAUCACAUUACUACUGGCACGUGCCAGGCAUGGAUAGGUACCUCUUUUUGAUUUACUAAAGAAUAGAGUAGAAUGUCUAAGUUCAUAUAUACAGUCUGCUCUAAUAAGAUGUUAAGUAAUCUUUCUACUUAUACCUUAUCUGUAUGUAUCUAUUGGUAUGUUCUUGAAUGGGAGGAUAGCUAUUCUGGAGUAUAUACUAAUGCUUUCUAAAAAUAUUGAGGUUUGUUACUGUACCAAACUGUUCCAAAAUGUAGUUUUUGAGGGGUAAAAUGGGUCUAGUUCUGGUAGAAUUAAAGGAACACUCCACUGCCCAAAUACAAAAUAAAUAAAAAGCUGUUUUAGUAGUUGUAUCCUAAAUGAAAACUUGCAUGCAUUUAAUUUUGCAUUUCUUCAUUGGAGUUGUAUCCAAAAUCGGCUUGCAAAACCUGCAGUGUUAUCUGCUGCCUUGUGAUCCUUCCCAUUCAUACCCCAGCCCAGACUUUCUGUGACUGUCCAAUCACAGACUUCCCCAUGCAGCUCAAUGAGAAGACUUUGAAAGGCAGCUGCUCUGGGCAAUUGCUGCCUCUUGAGUUCGGUGCAAAUAAACUAACCAAACCAGGAAUUAACAAGACCGGUUGUCUGCUUGAAAAGCCUAAUUUAUAAAAGUGUAAAUGUACUUUUUCCAAAAUAGAGGGAAAAAUAAAAAAGGGGAUGAGGGGUGAAGAUGACACGCUUGUACGGAUUGCUAAAACAUGACAUACCUGUUAAAAGAAAUAUGUAUCUAAAUCUACACACGUUCUUAUAGCUAUUUAAAAAAAAAAAAAAAGACUAACUUUUUUGUUUUGUUUCUAUUUUAUGCCUCUGCAGACACUAGCAUGUCUCCUGACACGAAUAAGCAAGGUCGAUGGUGCAGCGUGGCAUACUGGGAACACCGUACACGUGUGGGCCGUCUGUAUGCGGUAUGCCAGCCUUCAGUCAGCAUCUUCUAUGAUCUACCUCAAGGGAGUGGUUUCUGCCUAGGUCAGCUGAAUCUGGAAAAUAGGAGUGAAGCGGCUGCCAGGACACGGGGAAAGAUUGGGCUAGGCAUUGUGCUGAGCCGUGAGCUGGAUGGGGUUUGGGCAUACAACCGCAGUGACCAUCCAAUCUUUGUUAACUCUCCCACAUUGGACUCGCCAGCGUGCCGCCCUCUUGUUGUGCGUAAGGUAAUGCCUGGAUAUUCCCUCAACGUUUUUGACUAUAAGAAAUCCUGCAUACUGCGACAUCUCCCCGCUCCAACUGAAUAUGCUGAUGGACCUUAUGACCCACAUAGUGUGCGUAUCAGUUUUGCCAAGGGUUGGGGACCCUGCUACUCCCGCCAGAUGAUCACCUCUUGCCCUUGCUGGCUUGAGGUAUUACUUGGACGAUAGUGAUGAAACACUAACUCCCUGACGCAGUGUACACCCAAGGAAGGAUCUUCACUCCAGAGAGAUCAAUGAGUGCAUGAGGCCCCACUGUUUUACCUCUUCACUGCCAUAUAGGCAUGCAAUAAUUUGCUGUUCUACACACAGCACUGCACAGUAACAUAUGAACAAUGCAUGGCAUGUCUCUUUGUUGGAAGAUGUGAUCCCCUGUCAUUAUUUCACAGAAUUCAAAAGGAAUAGCUAUCACAUGGGAUCCUCUGCAUUUCUUCUCUUCCCAUCACGCAGUGGCUGCAUCCCUCUGUAACAGACAUGCUGGAAUAUCCGUGCACUGCAAAUGGUUCUGGUGUGGAUGCAGAUACCUGUAUGCCACUAUGUGCUCAGACAGCCCCUCUCUUCUUAUUGCCAUAUUGCAGAAAUCCAGGUGCCAUAUUAAUUAACAGUUUUCCUCUAGUAGGGACCUUGUGUGCCUUGCUUGAAUUUUUAUUUUAUUUUACAUUUUUUUAAUUUUAUUUUUAAAGUGCUGCUUUGCAAUGUUUUGCAUUCCCCUGGCAGAGUUAUUCUCCAUGACAACAAUUUACAGUGUAAAUCCAUCUUAAAAGACUCUUGCUGAAAUACAAUGUCCUAGAUUUAAUAUAAAUUUGUUUAUAUAUUAUAUAUAUUAUAUGGAAUUAUAUUAUACCUGUAAAUAUG